CAGCCUCCAUCUCGCCCGCAAAGUAUUGUAUACAGUUGUCUCGUCUCGUAAAUGUGAAGCAUCCUGCUUUCCUACAAGCACUGCAGCAUGAAGCCCGAUCAUUACUCGCCGUCGUCCUUAUGAGCCGGGUACCGACCGCUAGGAGGCUACGGACAUGCCUACAAGCACGAGCUCAUCCAUAUCACAGAGCGUUUCUGUCCCGCGCGAGCGACAAGGCUCCAAAUUACAGACCAUUCAGGCGCGCGAAGACGCAAACGCCGUUAUCAUCAUCGUUCCAGGGCCUUUUGGGGCAUCAGGUUCCUCGUGGGGCAUUUGGAUUCGCAACUUACCAAAAGGCUCAGCGUCAAAGACUGCUAUCUACUCCUUCGAUUAUGAAGUGCGGAGCGGGCUGUCCGCUACACCGCAAUCCCUUCUGGACCUAGGGGAGGAGCUUGUGCUUUCGCUCGUGAGCUUGCAAACCACUUUUGAAGGACAACUCCCACCAGUGGUGCUUAUCGCGCACAGCCUCGGGGGUGUCAUAGUCAAGCAAGCAUUUCGGUCGAUUUCCAAGCAUUUCAGCCAUGUACGGCAGUUGGGCAAUGCGAUAGCCGCAAUAGUCUUUCUCGGGACACCACAUGGAAGAUCUGCGAGUUCCCCUGUAUGGGCCAGAGCUCUUCCUCUGUUACGACAGCGAAGGGCUUUUUCACGCAGGAUUAGCUAUGCAGAAGAAGACCUGGAAAAGCUAAGUACCUUGUGUGUCAAGUUUGAAGACGCCGCCUCAGCGUUACCAAUACUGUCUAUAAACGAGACACAGGAGGCGAAACUAGGGUCCAAGUCGCUGCCAUUUAGCAGAUCAAAAGCACUGAUUGUAGGCCGUGCGGCAGGGACCACAAAUGCGGGACGUGAAAGGCUACUCGACUCACACACGGAUCACUUCGGCCUUUACGAGAUCGAUAUCAAUAGUCCUGUCUACGAAAACAUCAACGAUUUCUGCGAGGAGGCCAUCAUACUUCGUGCGGAUUGGAUACAAGCGCAAAAGACGACGGCAGAAUUUCUAUCAGCGAGUAUCGUCGCCUCAAGCAGCUCAUCGUCGCGCAAGGGCACUCGGAGCCGGUCUUCGAGGCAGAGGCAUUCCUCAGCACGAAGCCUUAGCGCUCCAAUGCACCCACAAGUGUUUUCGCCUUUAGCAUUACAAAGCACUAUUAAUUCACCCGCCGUCGACGGUGUCUCAUUGGAUCCCUGGUCUCCUCGAAUACCCUUCUAUUACGUCCCCUAUGAGCGCAAUUUUCACUUCCUCGGGAGACAAGACGUACUACGAGAAAUACGAGAUCAUCUCUUGCCGUCAGGACUUCCUGAGCAUGAUCUAGGUCUCAAAACCUAUGCCAUAUGUGGUCCGGGAGGAAUAGGAAAAACACAGACAGCCGCUGAAUUUGCUCUUACGCACACCGAAAGGUUCGAUGCUAUCCUAUGGAUGCGAGCAGAGAACCAUGCGAAGCUUGCAAAUGACUUCAAUAAGGUUGCCGUCGCGUUGGGUCUAGUGGAAGAGGGCUCUCUCGAUGCUAAGGAUCUUGCUGUUACGCGUGAACUUGUCAAAGGGUGGCUGAAUCGUCCCAGGCGCUUCAGUGACCAGAAUGACAGGCUGAUCGAAAACACAGCAAACUGGUUACUGAUUUUUGACAAUGCCGAUGUACCAGAAGUCCUUUACGACUUUUGGCCUCCUGUCGGCAGUGUUGGGUCGGUGCUUGUCACUUCUCGAGAUAUCAAAGCGAAGACGAGCGCGUAUGGAGUUGCUGACGGGCUCGAUCUCAAGCCCUUCAGCACCGAGGAAGGGGCCCGUCUGAUGAUGAAAUUGACAAAGCGGGAAGACCAACCCGGUCCGGCCAGCAGAGUCGCCAGAGCAUUGCGGGGAUAUCCUUUGGCCCUCACACAAAUGUCAGGCGUUAUUCUCAAAGGGGACUUGAGCUUUGAUCAAUUUCUGGCCGUCUACGAUCCUUCAGAAGGCAGCGACGGCUUUUCGCACGCUCGAGCUACUACGUCGACUUACCAGCAUACAGUAGCGACUGUCUUUGCUUUCGAGCAACUUUCGAAGAUGGGUCGUAGGCUCUUGAUCUUCUUGUCGUUGAUAGAUUCUGACAUCUCGGAGGAACAUAUCAUCGAGCCUAUCUUGGGGGUGAUCACAUCGGCCAAUUUUCCGAACACUGCUUUUGAAUACGAGCAAGCCAGAGAAGAGCUGACAGGAAAGUCACUUGCCAUGCACAAUCGCAGGACUAGGACAUUGUCGGUGAACAUUCUGGUCCAAGAUGCUGCUCUGUUCAGGAUCAGCUCAUUUGACAUUGUACCAAUCUUCCAUUUUGCUGUACGAGUUCUAUCGAAACUCUGGCCAGUGGCAGGUGCAGAUGCCAUUAGGCAGGAUAAUCGCAGAUGGGAACAGUGUGAGAAGCUCAGCCAACAUGCUCUUCGACUCAAGGACAGAUUUUCCAAGCAGUCAGAUGAAGUGAGAGACGAACUGGCGUUGAACACACAGUUCGCUUCCCUCUUGAAUGAGGUCGGCUGGUACUUGCAGGAGCGCGGUCAAUCACUGUACGCGAUGGAUUGCUUCAGGGUUGCUCGCAAUCAUCUUGAGAAGAUCAUCGCUCAUGACCAAGCCUACACAGAUGGCAAACAGCAGACGUAUCCACGACAGCUACCAGACUUGUUCAAUAGUCUCGGCCAUACCAAUACCUCACGCGCACUGGAACAUGGUCCUGACGACACCUCCUUCCUCCUCGCCGAGACCUAUAGAAACCUUGGCACGUCUGCCGCAGACAUUUGCGAUGUCAAGACAGUGUACGACAACUACGUAAAGUACAAAGAACUCAUGAUUGAGCAGUUAGGAGACGACGACUGUCAAACUGAUCCACGGCUGGCGAUAGCUUAUUUGGAAUUAGCUGUGGCCCAUGCCUUCAAGCUGGAGUACAAAGAGUCCAAGAGUUGCAGUGAAGUGGCUCUCGCCCUGUGCGAGUCGAUUCCUUUGCCGGAAAUGGUGAUGAAUUUACGGACUCUGGCUGUCGCGAAUCUGGCUCUCGCGUUGCUCGAGUUGGGAGAUGCGGCCGGAGCCCGGGACAAGGCGCUACAGGCUCUGCAGGAGCGAGAGGAGAGACUAGGUCCGGACGAUCGGUCAUCAAUGCUCACCGGAAGGCUGCUGCAUGCGUUGGGGAAUAUCUACCUCGCCUUGGAUGAGACGGAAAGAAGUCUUUCCUACCACAUGCGGGCCAUGAUACACUACAAAGAGACUGUCGGCCCUACCCAUCACCGCACUGCCGACAUGUGCUUCAAAGUAGCACAGCACAAAUAUCGCACAGGUCACCUCGAUGAAGCAAAGAAGUAUCUGGAGGACGCACAUAAGAUAUAUCAGACGCAGAAGCAGCAUUACAAGGCAGAGCGAGCACGUGUCUUGCAUUGGAAAGCAAAAUUGGUUCCCGUUGGAGAAGAUCAGUCUGUGAAACUCAGAAUUGCAGCUGACUUGCUGAAGAGUGCUCAGGAUCAGCGCGGCGUUAAGGGAACAACAGCCGAUGACAGUGAUUUUGACGAGAUGGUGGUGUUCUGGUCUAGAUGAUAUUUGUCACGAAGAGGUAUCAGCUUAUGCAAUAUUGAUGCGCAGCGCGUGUGACACUCUGUGUAUUCGACCCAGGCUCGCGAGAUACUCAAGCAAGUGCCAACUUUCUGACGGCAGUACGGCCGCGUCCAUACUGUACAACUAGCCACACUAUCACAUCGACAAGCGUCAAGAUUAGUGUGACUACCAUCACACCAAUAGUACUGCGAACCA